GGUGAAAGUGCCAUCGGCAUUAGACUUUCGAUUUCGUUCCAAACACCGUUCCCGUCCCAGGUUAUUGGCCCUACAGCAUACAGGAUGGAAACCCUAUGCUUGUGUAACGCUCCCCAGCAAUGGACGUACCGUCCAUGGUGCAGCGUUCCGGGGACAAACUGAUCGUACGUCGAGUGGUGAGUGGUGAGCAAGUGAUUCUAAGCCGCCCCGACAUCAAGGCGGAAGCAGCAGAGGAAGCAGACAACGAGCGGCAGGAACCCUGUUAUCGUCGGUCGUCACUUAUCGACGACGACGACGAAGACGAGGACAACGAAUACGACGACGACGACGAAGACGACCGCCUAUCGAGGGCCGAGCAAGUGCUUCCACAGUGUAAGGUGAAGCGAAACUAUUCGUGUGGCCACUGUCGAUACUUUACGCAGAAUCCGCGCCACUAUCUGACCCAUCUGCGGGAUACACACGGUGAGAAAAUUGUCAUCAACGGGUGCCCGCGAUGUCUGUACGCGUCGCGCCACCACCAGAAGCUGGUGCGCCACAUGAAGAUGGUACACGGUGCUGGACCCACCGCCAGUGAACCCUGGCCGGACUCGGACUCUGCCCGAACCCCGCGGACCGUGGUGAAACAGGAGCUUAUUAGGCCGCACAGACGCCAACCGCACACCGACUCACCGAAGCACCCCAGGAAAGGAUCUACGCCAAGCGCACGCAACACGCAGCAGCAGCAGCUACUUGUUGCUUCCGGUCUGUCGGAUCUGCUGCUCGAGAUACAGCAGUCCUGGAACCGGACCAUCGCUGACACCAACUUCGGUCUGGGGCAGAAGACGUUGAAACUCGAAAUGGAUGGCCUACCCAGUUUGGUGACCGCAUCGGAUGAGGCGCCACUCGCCGACGAUCGGUCAUCCCCACGGAAGCGACACAGACCGAUCCCGAACCUAAUCCCGUUGGCCGGGGGUCGCCCGGCGAAGGAAGCCGGCCUAAAGCCGGUCCCAAUGUCCGCCCUGAUGCCGGCCCAAACUGCGACGACCAAGUGCACGUUCUGUGAGUUGGUCUACGAGUCCACGGUCGAGCUGGCCAACCACAUCGCGGCGGCCCACAAGGAGGACCUCAUUACGUCGCUGCUGCAAAAGUCCAUCGACGACUCGGGCCCGGGUGCCGUGGUGUUGCUUCCGAGCGCGGAACACGACAGCACAUCCUCGUCGAGCGACGUGUGGAAAACGCUACUAGAAUCGAGCUUAGGCGCACCGACCGGGGCGCCGGAUGACCGGAAGCAGACACCAGACGCGAACGACGACGAGGUGGAAAUAUUGGAGAACAAAUCGGAAACGUACUGCGGGAUCGAGACGGCGCCCGGGUACGGUGAGGUGACCAACACGAUCACCGCCGGCGGUGCCGCGGGGGUCGCAGGAGGCCCCUCGGCGGGGGGCGGUGUGAUGAAGAAGGUGUUCAAGUGCCCGCACUGCUCGUUCUGGGCCUCGACGGCGUCCCGCUUUCACGUGCACAUCGUCGGGCACCUGAACAAGAAGCCGUUCGAGUGCUCGCUGUGCGCAUACCGUUCAAACUGGCGAUGGGACAUCACAAAACACAUACGUCUGAAGACGAUCCGUGAUCCGAGCCACAAGAACGCGGGCGUCCUGAUGAACGACGAGACGGGCCGCCGGAACUACACCAAGUACAACAAGUACAUCACGCUGAUGCAAAUCACGGACCACAACGCGAAAGAUGCGGCCGCAGGCGGCGGCGCAAGUAACCACCAGGUCACCAAGUCCCUGGUCGGUGGUGCCGUGACGGACCUGAUGACGGCCUGCCGUACGUACAACAUCGAUCUGCAGACGAUCACUAGCCUGCCGGGCUUCAAACUGUUGCUCCAGCAGCAGCAGCAGGAUGAUAAGCACCCGGAGGAUUCGGCCACACGCGAAGACAUCAAGUGUCCAGUUUGCGAUCACAGCGCGUCAACGAAAGAGGAGCUCGUGCUGCACAUGACCAACGUCCAUAUCACGCUUCCGGCCGGUAUCCCGACCAUUCCGCUGGACGACACCACGACCGAGAGUGACACGGUGGCCGCACCGGACCCGGGGCCCGCCGCCGAGCCGCAAAACUGUACGCCAUCCACCUCGUUCGGUAGCCAAACUACUAACCCGUGCGUCGACCGUUCCCCAACUAACGGCACCCUAGUCGGGGAUGGCGCCGCGAGCGACAAGCCGAUGCUGGAACUGGGGGACGGUGGUGAUAGUAGUGGUGGUGGUGGUGGUGGUGCUGGUGGAAGUACCCAGAAGGUAGCUAUGCCCACGUGGCGACACAACGCACCGUACCGGUGCGGUCACUGUCAUCAGGUCUCUAACUGGAAGCAUGUCAUUCAGAGACACUGCCGGCUAAAGCACAACGGAAACGUGUUCAUCGAGCUCACCACCAGCGCAGACGAGUCGACGACGACGGUGGUAGUAGACGGAGGGGACGGCGGUGGCCACUAUCUGCGGGGCGGUGGCACCAAACCCACCAACCAACAUUCCUUUUACGUCGUUGAGGAGGGCGUCCAGACCACCACCGAGAUGCCCACGGUGCCACCACUCGCUCCGUUCGGCUCCAUCCACGACGAGCUGUCCGGCGCCGGGUGCCCGGCCAGCAGCACCCUGGAGCCGAUCGUAGAAAUCAAUGACAAGGACGCAACGGACCUGAUCGGAUUGGACCGUAUGCUGGGCUCACCGUCGGCGGAGGAUCCAACGGCCGACAGUCCGCUCGACGGUGCGUUUAACGUCGACUCGCUCGAGGAUAGCAUUGAUAUACUGGCCCAAGGGACGGUUCCGACGUGCCUCUACUACUGCCCGCGGUGUCCUGCGCGGUUCUUCGGUGAAGCCCACAUCACGGAGCACCUGGAACGGCACGGGGCCGGUACGAAACGGUGCACGGUCUGCUCGUUCGGGACGCCGAACGAUGAAGAGCUGGCGCGGCACGCCGAGGUCCACACGGCGCAGUACAACAAGAGUACCGAGAAUCUGCAGCUCUUCCUCGACGAACACGCCACCUACCGGAGGCCCACACUGACGCUGCGGGUCCGGAGCGGCGGGGAACAGGUGUGGAGUGUGAAAGUGAUCCCACAGCCGUCGGAGGUCACAACCCAACCAGCGGCGACGGUUUCUGGUGGCCGCAAAAGCAAACGGCUCCGAAGCGAUGGCGAGCAGGCGAUCAGCAGCCGCGGACCUCCGCAGGUCCGGUCCAUCUUUUUGUGCGAAUAUUGUGAUAGUGCGUUCGACGGCGAGUCGGAACUGAACGGGCACGUGCGGGGUCACUUUGCCGCCAUACUGGCACCGGCUGAGGUGGCGUACUACGCGUCGCUCAACAACGCGUCGCUCCUCGCCAAGGACAACCAGUUCGAGCUGACCGUGUCAGGGACGCAGCAGCAGCCCCUGGCGGCCGACCCGAUGCCGUUGCGCUACGUCUACGAUAAUGGCCGGCGGAAAGAGUGGAGUUCGUUCUCGAAGGCGGACAGUGUUUUGUUGAAACUUUGAGUGCGCCCGAUGUCGGAUUUGCUUGUUUGGCUUCAUUUGUUACUUGUGCCGAGGCGUUUCCUCGAUCGUAGUGUUAAGCUAGGGGACUAGGACGUUUAGGACGACAUACUCCCGAAGUUGUUGAGUAGGUU